UUCGAAAAUAAAUAAAAUUGCUCAUGUUCGUUAAUAUAUUAACUAAUGAACCUUAGUAUAGUGUUACCAGUAAUAUUUGGGAAUUAUAGAGAUUUACCAAUGAAUUCAUGUGUUGUUACAAGAACGAUCUGAUCAUGUGCGUUUAAUAUCUCCACAGAUGUGAUUCAUUUUGAAUCUUCGAGCUCCAAACUCAAAGCACUGAAUCCUCACGGGACUCGGUGUCCUUCGGGGUUGAGCUCACCUUUACGGAUGAACCCGAUCGGAUCAGGGAUGCACGUUCCUCCACAGAACCCGGUUCUGGGUCAGUCUUUCCCUUUCCCCAGUCCUGUCUCGGAUCCACGGCCGUUCCCGCUCUCCCACAGAGCGUUUCCGGACGGCGGCGACGGAUGCUUCGACUGCCGGAACGCGUUCCUGAGCUUCUCCGGUCUGACGGACCCGAGGCGAUGCCAGAAGUUCUUCAUCUGCAAGUUCUGCGAGAAGGAGUACGUGAGUCUGGGAGCGCUGAAGAUGCACAUCCGCACACACACUCUGCCGUGUGUGUGUAAGCUGUGCGGGAAGGCAUUCUCCAGGCCCUGGCUGCUUCAGGGACACAUCCGCACACACACAGGUGAGAAGCCGUUCUCCUGCCCUCACUGCAGCCGUGCGUUCGCUGACCGCUCAAACCUGCGAGCGCAUCUACAGACACACUCCGAGAUCAAGAGAUACCAGUGCAGAAGCUGCUUCAAAACCUUCUCCAGGAUAUCUCUCCUGAGCAAACACGAGGAGGUCGGCUGCUGCGCCGCGUCCUGAGGAAGAGGACCAGACCUCGGCCUACUCGCUCACACACUCCACGCAUGCAAACUAUAAAGCACAGUACGCGUGUGUGAGAGUGGCCUUGCACAUUUUUUAGUUGUUCUAAUGAUGAUUUUUCAGGGUACGGUUUUGUAAUGGAGAAAUUUCUAAACAAACAAUAAAAUAAUAUUUUUCUAAUAAUA